AUAGAAAACAAUCCAAGUGUACCAAUGUGAUGUGUGUAUCAUGAAGGUGUUGUCCACUGGCACAACUCAAAGCAAAAAGAUCCUUGAAGUGUUGAUAUAUCCACCAGGACAUGCAAGAGAUCAGAUCCUAUUCAGGAACUAUUGGCAGGUAUGCUCAAGAAAUCCCUUCCACACCUUUGUUUGACACACCUCCAUUUAGGGCUGAUACAGUUUGCAGUCCUUUAUUACAUGAAGCACUGCAGCCUUUGCCCACUUGGUCAAUCUAUAACCUGCAUUGAGGAAAAGGCUACCUGUUUUGUCGGCACCACUAAACAGGACUUUUGUAAGGAUGGCAGGGUUGUUGAAGGGCCUGAUGUUGCGGAGGACCCUCUGUGCCAUCCUCAUGGGUAUGUCCUUUUCUUUUGUCCUUUGGGGAGCUAGCUUAAGCAGGCAGUCAAUGCCUGAUCUCAAAAUACCACAGCAGUUCUCUACUGACCUUCCCGGCUGCUCAGCUAUCAUCAGUGGAGAAAUACAUGGCAAGAAAAGUGAAUUAGAAAUACUUCUGGCAUCUAGGAAAAAGCGGAAGCUUUUAUCUGAGGAUUUCUACCUGAAUGUGACAAAGGACUGUCCAGCUUACACUGAAGAGAGAGGUUUCAUUACAGUGCCUCUCAGUAAAGAGGAGAAGGAUUUUCCCAUUGCUUACUCCAUGGUGAUCCAUGAGAAGAUUGAGACGUUUGAGCGACUUCUACGAGCUAUUUAUGCUCCUCAGAACAUUUACUGCGUGCAUGUGGACCAAAAAUCCUCGAAAGAAUUUCAGCAGGCUGUGAAGGCUAUCAUUUCAUGUCUUCCCAAUGUGUUUGUAGCAAGUAAAUUAGAAAGCGUGGUAUAUGCCUCAUGGUCCCGAGUGCAGGCAGAUCUGAACUGCAUGAAAGACCUGCUGAACUCGGACAUCCAGUGGAGGUACCUGCUCAACACCUGUGGGACAGACUUCCCCAUUAAAACCAAUAGAGAGAUGGUUAAAGCCCUGAAGGCCCUGAAUGGAAGAAACAGCAUGGAGACUGAGGCCACCAGUGAGUACAAGAAAGGCCGCUGGCAGUAUCAUCACAAUGUCACCAACACUGUUUACCGGACAAAUGAGAGGAAAAGCCCUCCACCCAUUGACAGCCCCAUGUUCUCAGGGAAUGCCUACUUUGUGGUCACAAGAGCCUUUGUGAAACACGUGAUGCGGGACAGAGAGGUCCAGAAACUUCUGGAGUGGGAGAAGGACACAUACAGUCCAGACGAGCACCUGUGGGCCACUCUACAGAGGAUGCCCUCAGUUCCCGGAUCAGUUCCUGCCAACAUCAAGUAUGAUAUGUCAGACAUGCAAGCCCUCGCUCGUGUUGUGAAGUGGAGCUAUUUAGCAGGAGAUGUUAAAAAAGGAGCCCCGUACGAUCCUUGCACUGGCACUUACAGACGAGCUGUUUGUGUGUACGGAGCUGGUGACAUCCAGUGGCUCCUGAGACAACAACAACUCUUUGCAAAUAAGUUUGAUCCGGAGAUCGAUGAUGUUGCCAUUAGAUGUGUGGAGGUAGCACUGCGUUUCAAAGCUUUAGGCCACAGCCAACUGAUGACAGAUCACUUUUCUACCACUUUGUAAUGCUUAUAAUCAUUUGAAAUGUAAAAUAUGUUAAGGCAAUCCAUACAGAACCUUCUACUGAACCGUUUUGACAUAUUGACAAAAUAUUAUGUUCUGUGUCCAUCAAUAUUGUCAGAAUAUUAUGUAAUUUUUAUAAUGCUCAGUGUUUUAAUGGUAUUGUUACUGUAUAGAUAUAAAUCUUGUUAUGUAUAUUUCUUAUAUUCUAUGCCAUUAUUUAUUUGAUUUCCAUGAAGUCUGUACUGGUGAUGCCAUCUACUGGAUUCUAAGAGGAAGAGCUCAAAACAAUAAGAAAAAAAAAAAAAAUUACCUAUAAUAAUUGUAUUACUAUUUGAAUCCUGUCAACAUACUUGCCUUUUGGUUGCUAUUCAGUUUUAGUGCUGCUGUAUAAUAAUCUCCAUCUUGCUUGCAAAACAGGCACUAAAUUUAAUAAAAACAGAGAUAUGGAUCAAUGGGCCUGUUCUUGAUACGAGGCUAACUGAGUUAUCCAGAGAAGAAUGUCGACGAUUUGGCAUGAAUCUGGAAUCUUUUUGGUUCUUCCAAGCUGGUUUAAAGUAAAUCUGCAGUCCUCAAGUCCAAAUCUGCAUGAGCGAAGGUUACUGAGAGUGAGCUGGAUCGUGACCAGGUUUUCAGGUGAACCCAAAACAUAAACUCAUUUUCAGAUA